ACAUCGACCAUGAGCACACAGGCCUCAACAUCGUCGGGCAGCAUGGACGAACGCAGGCUCAAUGCUCUCAAGGCAUAUCGGGAUAAAAUGCGUGCACACGAGACUAGCAGCGAAAGCCUAAAGAACCUCCGUUUCUCGCUCAAAGAUCUCGAAAAAUCCUUUGAGAAGACGGAAGACGACAUCAAGGCAGUACAGUCCGUGGGGCAGAUCAUCGGCGAAGUCAUGAAGCAGCUGGACGACGAGCGAUUCAUCGUGAAAGCAUCCUCAGGACCGCGCUAUGUUGUAUCCUAUCGACCCGCUCUCCCCGCCGCGAAACUUAAACCCAACACACGCGUCAGCCUCGACAUGACCACCCUGACCAUCAUGCGCAUCCUCCCACGAGAAGUCGACCCAUCGGUGUACAAGAUGGCCUUGGAGGACCCAGGAGGAGCGACCUUUGCUGGCAUCGGUGGACUGCAAGAGCAAGUGCGAGAACUGCGAGAGGUCAUCGAACUUCCCCUGUUGAACCCAGAACUCUUCUUGCGCGUCGGUAUCAAGCCUCCAAAGGGCGUUUUGCUCUACGGCCCGCCAGGGACGGGCAAGACCCUGCUGGCGCGCGCGGUGGCCGCGACGAUGAAGACGAAUUUCCUCAAGGUCGUCUCCUCGGCGAUCGUCGACAAGUACAUCGGCGAGUCCGCGCGCGUGAUCCGCGAGAUGUUCGGGUACGCGCGCGAGCACGAGCCCUGCGUCAUCUUCAUGGACGAAAUCGACGCUAUCGGCGGGCGGCGCUUCUCCGAGGGCACGAGCGCGGAUCGUGAGAUCCAGCGGACGCUGAUGGAGCUGCUGAACCAGAUGGACGGCUUCGACUCGCUCGGCCGCACGAAGCUCAUCAUGGCCACCAACCGGCCGGACACCCUCGACCCCGCCCUCCUCCGCCCCGGCCGCCUCGACCGCAAGAUCGAGAUCCCACUACCAAACGAGACCGCGCGUCUCGAGAUCCUCAAGAUCCACGUCGCGCCCGUGAACAAGCACGGCGAGUUUGACUACGAGGCCAUCGUCAAGCUCUCUGACGGGUUCAACGGCGCCGACCUGCGGAACGUGGUCACGGAGGCCGGCAUGUUCGCCAUCCGGGACGAUCGCGAGUUCAUGCAGCAGGACGAUCUCAUGAAGGCCGUGCGGAAGGUCGGCGAGUCGAAGAAACACGAGACCAAGUUGGAGUACUCCGCGUAGAUUUUUUUUCCCUUUGCCGUGCGGCGUUGUAUUGUAGUGGCAUUCCUAAUGGACUUGAUUGGGAACCUCGCG